GAAUCACGCACGCAGGUCGCAGACCGUAAGCUUAGUCGGUGCACAGUUCAAACGAAACACGUGAAGUCGCCGGUAUAAUUCCGGAUUGAUAACAGAAAUAAUUAUUGUUAACCCUUAUCGAUGUUUGUAUAUAAAUAUUUUAAAGCUUACAGACAUCGCAUUUCAGUUUAAAGUGUUGCUUAACGUACAUGUUUGACUUGAAAGUUAAAGAAAGUGAAUUAAGUGGACAGUGAUUUUAUUAAAAAUAAAAUAUAGGACACGAAAAGUUAAUAAAAUGGCUCCGAACGUGACGGACGUCAACGGUGUGCUGUUCGAGAGUGACGCAGCAACCCCUGACCUUGCCCUGGCGAAUACCCCGGUCCAGCAGGCGGACAGCAGCCCGAGGAUCUACGUGUGGCGAAACAUUCUUCUCUUUGCAUACCUUCACAUUGCGGCGUUGUACGGCGGCUACCUGUUUCUGGUGUCAGCGAAAUGGCAAACGGAUAUUUUUGCUUACCUCCUGUAUGUGGCAUCUGGGCUGGGCAUCACAGCGGGCGCCCACAGGCUCUGGGCCCACAAAUCCUACAAGGCUAAGUGGCCGCUGAGACUCAUCCUCGUCGCCUUCAACACCAUGGCAUUCCAGGACUCCGCGAUAGACUGGGCGCGCGACCACCGCAUGCACCACAAGUACUCCGAGACCGACGCCGACCCCCACAACGCGACCCGCGGCUUUUUCUUCUCUCACGUCGGAUGGCUGCUCGUUCGCAAGCACCCUGAACUCAAGCGCAAGGGCAAGGGGCUGGACCUUAGUGACCUGUAUGCUGAUCCCAUACUUCGCUUCCAGAAGAAGUACUACCUAAUCCUGAUGCCUAUAGCCUGCUUCCUCCUGCCGACGGUCGUCCCGGUCUACCUCUGGAACGAGACCUGGACCAACGCCUUCUUUGUGGCCGCGCUCUUCCGCUACGCCUUCAUCCUCAACGUCACCUGGCUCGUCAACUCCGCCGCCCACAAGUGGGGCGACAAACCCUACGACAAAUCCAUCAAGCCCUCAGAAAACCUCUCCGUCGCUCUUUUCGCUUUCGGUGAAGGUUUCCAUAAUUACCACCACACUUUCCCCUGGGACUACAAAACGGCGGAACUAAGCAGCAAUCGACUAAAUUUCACUACGAAAUUCAUAAACUUCUUCGCGAAACUCGGCUGGGCUUAUGACAUGAAGACGGUAUCUGAAGAGAUCAUCCAGAAGAGAGUGAACCGCACGGGAGACGGGUCCCACCAGGUAUGGGGGUGGGGCGAUAAGGAUCACUCUAAAGAAGAGGUCAAUGCGGCUGUCAGAAUAAACCCUAAAGAUGAUUAAAUAUUAAGAUAUAGAGCUUCCUUUCAUGGUCUGAUUUAACUUAAGUUUUUUAACUUGCAGACACUCAAGGUCUGUUUUUAAUUCCAUAAGACUAAAAUGUCAUUCUAAUGCAAAUGACUUAAAAAUUACAUAAAAUGUAUCGGCCUUUGGGAAUGAAAAACACACCAGUAGAAAGUAUCUGAGAUGCAAAUGGGUGAGUGAUUGCGAUUUAGCGUAUUAUUUAUAUGUAUCUAUAGAAUUGUGUGAUCACUUCGAAAUGUGGCUUUGUGAAAACACAUCAGUAUUAUAGACCACAUAUUGAAUUUGCUUUCAUUUAUAUUGUAGGCGAGAAAAGGCUCAUAAAAGUUGAGGAUUAACACGUACUGUCAUUGUAGUUGCACUUUUGUGCGUAAGGGUACUAAGGACACAUCUGAGGUAUGCGGGACUGACAAGAGUCCACAGCAAGCUCGGUUCUCUAGUUUCUCUACGCUCUCAUUUUAAAUCGACUAGCUAUAUUGCUCUGAAACUUUGUAAGAUAAGGAAUAUCUAUGCCUGUAAUUAGUUUAAGUGGCUUCACACUUCAGAUACCAUAAACAACUUUUGGGAACAAAUCAAAUUAUUUUAUUAAAUAUUAGAUACAGCGAAAUUAAGUUUUUUAUACAAAACGUGUUUUUGCUCUAUUUCGUUUGUAUAAGCUGGAGCUAUAUAAACUAACUAGGCAUGAAUAUAUCUCAUGUCAUUGUAAUGUAUAUGCAAAGUUUCAUUACAAUCCAACACGUAGUUUUAAAAUGAAGGGUACACGGAAAGAACAUAUCUAGUCACUUUUUUCGGAAAAUGAGAUCACUGUAUAAUAUAUGUAACACAACUUUUUUUUUAGUUAAAAAGGACCUGGUCACGGAAUUACCAUACAUUUUGACAUGGUUCCAAAUCUUAAAACCGCGAUUACUCAAAAUGUUACUUCAGUGACUAGACAUGUUCUUUCCAUGUACCCUUAAUAUGAGAACGAAACUCCGUUUGUAUGGGAAGGUGAAAUUCGGCCGAGCUUGCCGGGGACUCUUAAAAGAGAUUCUAUUCGAUAGAAAUUCGCGGCGAAUUUGUGUUAAUUUUAUACCUCAAAAUGUUUUCUUAAUUUAUUAUUUAAUUUUUGCGCUUCUGAGUCUCAGAAGCAAUACUUUUAUUCUGAAUUUGGGAGCUUCCAUUAUUCAUUAAGAGUUCAAAAUAAAAUUUUGAAUAUGUACGCAGCCACUCAUGGCAGCAUAAAAAGUAUAAAUAAGAUUUAUCAAUGGUUUAACUGCCAAUCAAGUUAAUCUCAGAGCCAAAUCAACAAAAUUACUAGUGAUUUUUAACAUAUUGUAGUUAUUCGAGUAAAAGGGCUGUUAACGUCGAUAUCCCAGUUAUUUAUUUAUGGCAAAACUCAUUAUGCGUCGUUGUACGAACAAGUUUUGUUUAAUAUUAAGGAUAUGUGGUAUAUAAUAAGUUUUGUAAUUUAUGCAUAUUGUAUGCACGAAGAGAUUUGAGCUUCACCGAACUUAGCUGGUUCUAAUUCGGUGGUAUUUUUAAGUUUGCUUAUUUUGAAGACGCAACUGCAUUUUAUAUGUAUAUCUGUAUCUGUAAUAUAAAUAUAUUAUAAAGAGGUUAUAUAAGCAAAUAUUUCUAACUUGUAAAUUUUAUAUAAAAAGUAAAGCUAGUGCAGUUGCGUCUUUAUUAUCUGAGAGUUGAGUGAAUAAUUGAUACAAUAUGUACUGGACUGAUGUGUGAAGAUGUUUGUGAUAUUAGAGUACCGUUAAGAACAUCGUUGAUAUGAUACUGCUACUUUAAAAAUGUGUAUUUUUUUUACCAGCCUUAUAUUAAGUUUGCAUCUAUGUAAUGAAAUCCAUAAGCAUAAAUAUAAAAAAAAACCUCAUACCAGAAAUUUUUAUUCCCGACAGUCAUCAAAUAGUGUCAAAGUUUUUCUACAAUGUACUAACAGUAACACAAUGUAACUAACCAAACUUGAAUCUUAUGUAUUUGAAAUAAGGUGUACGAAUUUUUAGUUAACUUUCCAAGUCCCGAUGUCCUUUUAAAAGGACAUAAUCAAAUCGAAUUUUGAAUUAAAAUUACUCUGAUACUUAGGUGUUCAUGAUGGUGUUGUAUUUAUAUAAAUAUUGCAUUGUAUAGGACUUAAAUUCAGGUCAUAAAUGACAAGAGUUAACCCUAUAGUGGAUACCAAGCUAUAUUAUGGAAAUGACAGUUAUAAUAUUCAACUCUAUUGACAGCUAUUAAAGUUCAAAUCAUUUUAUAUGACACGCAGUAAAGGGCUAAGGCUUGAUUUCCUGUUACGCUGACAUCGGUCGCUGACGUCGGUCGAACGUACGAAUUAACACAAUGUUCUAUGAGCCCCCGCACAGCGACGCUGACGUCCGCGGCAGACUUUUCUUCCGACGGUACGCUCGACCGACGUCAGCGACCGACUUCAGCGUAGGAGGAAAUCAGGCCUAAGACCUAUUUGUUUCAUAUCAACGGGUUGGAUAUAAGUAAGCUGAAUUAAUUAGCACAUGCACGUAUCCUCCGGGCCUCGCCCAAACUUAACGCACUCGACUCGAUGUUGUGAGUCUGUCUCUUUCAUUUAUGUCAUAGACAUAGUCUUGUUGUUCUAUGUUAAUUAAAUUAUAAAACUGAA